GUUGUGAAAAUGCUGUCGGACUUUGGUGGUCAGCUGGGGCUAUGGUCUGGCGUCUCCUUCAUAACGCUGUGUGAAUUUGUUUGCCUGCUUAUUGAACUACUCUACAUUUUCGUCAAUCAUCAGAUCAGUGAACUACGUCGAAAAAAACUUGCUAAAGAAUACAAUGGGAUUGAGUAG